AUGUCAUCUGCACUGAAAGAUAUUGGUUUUGCUGUUACAAUGGCCGUUCAUCUAAAGCGUGUUGAGAUGAAACGCGCUCUUCUAGAGUUUGAAGAUUCCAUUCAGCCAGGUGAUAUGGUCUUAUUUUAUUUUGCUGGACAUGGAACACAGUGGGAAGUACGUAUUCACCUUUUUAAUGUGAAGUUUGCUUGUCUUAUAAUGCGGGUUUUGUGCAUGGUUUUUAAGGAUCAAAAUUAUUUGUUACCAAAAGAUAUUCCCGAUGUCCAUAAUGUAAAUCUGAACAGGAAUGCAAUUAAUGCACAAGAUGUACUCAAUGAUUUAGGUGAUCGGGAUCCAUUUGUAAUAAUCUUUCUACUGGAUUGUUGUAGGAAAUAUUACCUACGUAAUCCCAAGUUAGAUGAACGGGGUCCAAAUUCAAGUGAUCCUGGAUCAGCUGACUUCAAACCAAUGCACAAGGCUGGUUCAUUAAUCGCUUUUGCUUGUGCUCCGGGGACCAUAGCCAUUGAAGGAACAGGGCAACGAAAUGGUCUAUUUACAAAACAUCUUCUGCAGCAUGUUAAAACCCCAAAUGAAGACAUUCAAUUGAUAUUACGUGAUGUUAGAAGAGAAGUUGUGAUAGAAUCAAAAUCAAAACAGAUUCCUUUUCUGAGCGAUGGAUUAUUAGAGAGGAAUAUAUAUUUGUGUGGUCAGCCAUUAAGUGAUAUUCACACAUUAUCAUCACACGGAACUAAUGAAAAACGACAUGAAAGUCAAGAAAAACUAAUCAACCAUCAAUCACCAAAGGCAUCAUCAUCGCGUAGAACAGGACGUGAAGAUUAUGGCAGUGAUUUUGAUAAUCAAUCACAUGAAAAUGACAUUGAUAAUGAUGAUGAACAAAUAACUAAUCGAAAACAAAAUGAAGAUUUUAUUAAUGAACAAGAAGAACAACAAAAACAAUUGAUUUUACGACAACAAAAAAUACUUUGGGGUACUGUACAAGAAUGGUUACGAAAAGAAAAAACUUAUAUUGAACAAUUAGAAAAAAUGGAACAACAACUAUAUUAUAUUAAUAUUUCAAUUAAUUUACAAACUUUAAUCAGACAACUGAUUUCUUAUCAUAAAAAUGUUUGUAAAGAAAUUGAAUCUUUAAAUGAAGGUGAUCAUCAACCAUCAAAUUUGACUAAACAAGUAACUCGUGCUAUUGAGGCAUUGAUGCAAACACUUCCAUUCUACGAUGACUAUAUUAAAUUAAAUCUCGCAUCAGUAAAAGAAGCAUUAGAAAAACGAGCCAAUAAUAAUGGAGUGUCCAGUGAGGAUCUUUUGUGUAUUCCUCCUAAACAGUUUCUUCAAAUACUUUCACAAGUUCAAGAUUUAUACAUAAUUGCUCAAUCAUUCGAAUCUAGUGAUCAGGAAAGUUUAAUGAAAUUAUAUAAUUAUGUACAAAAAUGUAAAUUAUUUGGUAGUAGACAAGAUGAAAGUAUCAAUAAAAUUAUUUUAAAACAUGAAGAUGUUGCUACAUGUGGUGCCCAUGGGAAUCGUGACCGUUGUCAUCUUAUUCUUUAUCCAGAUGCAAUUGUUUGUUGUUAUUUAAAGACAAAAUUACUUGCAAGUCCAAAAUAUGUACUGCAUUGGUUUAUUCCAUUGAUUGAUCUCCAUUGGACAAUACCACAAAGUCUUUCUAAUGACAAUGUUAAUACCAGUGAUGAAUUAAAAUCAACUUUAAGAUCAUCUUAUAAAGAAUUAGAGAAAACAUCAAAAUCACAUACUGUCGUUUCAUCUCGUUUAUCAAAAGCUAUUCGUAAACAAGAAAAUGAAUAUAAUUUAGCUCAAUCAAAACUUCAAUUAAUUCUUUCAAAUUCUCCUUCAUCAUCAUCAUCAUCUCAUCCUGUAAAUACUCAUCAUCAACGUUUAACUGAAUCUUUAAUACUUAAACGUCUUGAUCUUGUUAAACCCAAUAUACAAGAAUGCAAUUCAUAUGAUUCAUCAUCAAUACCAAAACCAAGUAAAACAUAUUCCGGUACAUUACAUAUAACAAUACAUAGUAUACAUGGUUCAGCAUUAUACAAUUCAAUACAACAACAACAAAAAUUAUCAACAUUAACAUCUACAACACAAAAUAAUUAUCAAUUUUAUGUUGCUGUUGAAAUUGAUUCAUAUAAUACAUUUUAUCCAUGUGCACAAACAGCUAAACAAUCAAAGCAACAACAAGAAACAGUAGAAUUUAAAGGCGAAGUAUUUCAAGUUGAAUUAGAAUAUUCACUUGCAUUUCGUUUACUUAUUUAUCGAAUUGAUAAUACAACAAAAAGUACUACUACUACUAAUAAUAAUACACGAAGUGUAGAAUGUAUUGGUAAAUUUCAUCAAAAUAUUGAAACUGCGUUACAUGAUUGUGAACGUGAUCUAAAUGGAAUAUUAAGAAUUGAAUCAUCAUGUACUGAUUUAAAAUUAAAAAUUUCAUUAAAAUAUUCAAAACCUGAAGGCACAUUUAAAAGGCAAGGAUCAAAACGAAGUCUUGCUGUAUUUGGGAAAAGUAUUGAAAAAUUAUUAAGUACACCAUAUGGAUCUAUCGAUGGCAUUCCUCGUAUAGUAUUAAAAUGUAUUGAAAUAGUCGAGAAUGAAGGUGUAAAAGAAAGAGGUAUCUAUCGUAUUUGUUGUGUAACAUCAGAUUUACAGAGAGUUCGUUAUGCAUUUGAUCAAAAUUAUCAUCGUGGUGAAGAAAUGUUAGUCCAAAAAGAUGUGCAUGUUGCAGCUAAUUUAUUGAAAUUAUUUUUUUCUGAAUUACCUGAACCAUUAUUUACAAGUACACUCUAUACAGAAUUUUUGAAUGCUAUACAAUUAACGGAUAUUGAUAAUCAACGUUUUAGAUUACUAAAAACACUUGAAUCAUUACAUCCUGAUAACCGAAAAAUUUUAUUUUAUUUAUUAGAUCAUUUAAUACGUGUUAGUCAAUAUUCGGAUAUAAACAUGAUGCAUUUGGAUAAUUUAGCUGUAGUUUUUGGACCAACAUUAAUGAGACCAUCAAAAUUAAUUGUAACAAAUUAUUUUUCUGGUAUUAAUCAAGGUUUAAAUGCUAUUGGAAAUAAUGUACAAACAGAUCUUAAUCAAAUGUCAUCAGAAUUACAAUGUUCAAUGUAUCAAUGUCAAGUUGUACUUGCUUGUUUAAAAUUAAGACGAGAUAAAAUAUUGAAUGAAUGA